AUGUUGAUGGAAAAAUGCUUCCAUACAGUGAUACAUUCAGAAGAGAAUUCCAAAAAUCCUAUGGGAUUAAUGUGGCGUUGCCAGAAUGACACUAAAAAUGUUUACAGUAUUAUAUAUGACAUUAUAAUCCUUAAAAACAUAGGAGAUUGCUGCACUGAAGAAGAAAUUGACAAGACUGAGGAUGAUAUAAAAGAACAAUUGGAUGUUCAUGAGCAUCACUGGCAGAAAGAACAAGCAAAAGACAUUGAAGAAAGAAAUGAUAAAAAUCCACAUCAAGAAAAUUCUGCAUGCAAAUCUGGACAAAGCCCAAAUGAUGAUAAAAAUCCACAUCAAGAAAAUUCUGCAUGCAAAUCUGGACAAAGCCCUUUAAAAAAUGAGCAACCUUUAGGAAAGCAGGAGAAAUACAGCAACAGUUAUAAGGCCCAAUCUGAGAGAAAUCAAGUCCAACUGGAGGAGAAAGAACACCAGUUGGAAGAAAAUCAAGACAACUUAGAGAGAUCUCAUGUCCAACUCAAGAAAAUUCAUGGUCAAUCAGACAGAUCUCAUGGCAACACAAAAAGAUCUCAUGGUCUCUCAGAGCAAUCUCAUGACCACUCAAAGAGAUCUCAUGGCUGCUCAGAGAGAGCUCAUGGCCACUCAGAGAGAUCUCGUGGCCACUCAGAGAGAUCUCGGGCCGCUCAGAGAGAUCUCGUAGCCGCUCAGAGAGAUCUUGUGGCCGCUCAGAGAGAUUUCAUGGCCACUCACAGAGAUAUCAUCGUUAUAAAGGGAGAUAUGGUCACUCAGAGAGAUAGUCAAUCUGGGAGAUUUUAUGACCAAUCAGAGAGAUAUGGAAGAUACUCUUCAGGAGGAAGAUUCAAAACAUCAUUUGAAACUGACUUUAAAUCUGACAGGUAA